AUGCAUCAGCAGGCUCUGCGAUCGGCCGGCAGCCGUAUAAAGCCCGAAGUCGUCGCCAUCAAGACGUGCAUCCGAACCUUUUCCACCACGCAAUGGCGCGCCGCAGACGAACCCUCCUCCGACAACAACAAGGGCAAUGGCAGCGCGGCCCCUUUCAAGAGAGUACCCCUCUCGACCGGACGAGAGCGAUCCCGCGCCGCGGCCAGUGAGAUUGGCCAGCUUCUGAGAGGCGGGCCCCGUACCGGCGGAGCGAGCAACAAUGCGGCGGCCGCCGGCGCGAAGCCCAAAGUCAUCGAUGUCAAGACCCUGCCCAACCGCGGCGGCCUCAGCGGCGGCCUCAGCGGCGGAACGAAUUUCGUGAAGUUGCCGCAGGCCUUCGGGCGCGGCGGGCGCGGCGGACGCGGAGGCUUUGUCGGCGGACGUGAAGGGCGCGACCUCCCCUCGGGGUUCUCGUCCGAAGGACCUAGCCGGGGCGGCUUCAGCGGCCGUGGACGUGGUGGCUUCGGCGGACGAGGCGGCUUUGGGGCCCGUGGGGGAGGGUCAAGAGGACGCGGAGGUCGUGGCGGCGGCGGUCGUGGCGGUCGCGGCGGCCGAAAACCCAGAAGAGAGGGCGAGGACGGGGCCAACGAUGCGGAGAGCAAGGCCAACCGCGCUUCGGUGUACGAGCGUUUCUUCCGUCCCGAGACAGCGGAGGAGCACACCUACGUCCGGGCGCGCGAUCAAGGGUUCCUGCCCGAGGCCUUCACCCCCUCCCUGAACGUCGAGGGGCUGCUGGGGUUCACCCCGUCCUUGCCGAUAACCAGUGCAUCAUCGGCCGUCGCCGCGCCGGCCGCCGUCAUGCGAUCCCUCCGCGAUGUGGCGGGCGGUGCGCACUACACGCCCGACCACUGGUCCGACACGCAGCACACGACAACGGAUCUCGUGUUCAAAGACAAGGGGACGUACUUCUUCAGCGACCUGGCCGAGAAGGACAAGUUCCUCGGGGACGUACGAGCGGCGCCCGAGGACGAUGCGGCAACGAGCGUCAAGGUCAACGCCGCGCUGGCCACGAAGGUCGAGGAGAGCGCGAGCCAGGCCGUGCGGGAGUACAUCAUCGACCGCGUCGUCAAGGGACGGCACGUGACCCCCCAGUUCGUGGAGCGGGGCAGCCGGGACCCGGUGAGCAUGGCGAGGGAGUCGCACCUGGUCAAUGAGACAUACAACGAGGUCGAUGGGCGCAAGUUUGAUGGCAAGAUUGCGGCGUUGGUGGCCAAGGGGAUGCCUGCUGCUGGAGGCAAGACCGCAAGGGCUUGA